AUGUUCUCCCUCAAGCAGCCCAAACCCACCUUCAAGUCGUACCUUCUGCCUCAGGCUGAUGAUAAUAUAGCGUCAGAACCAAGGAUUAAAAAACUAGAACCAGUACUUUUACCAGGUGAAAUUGUGGUGAACGAAGUAAAUUUUGUAAGAAAAUGCAUUGCAACAGACACAAGCCAGUAUGAUCUGUGGGGCAAGUUGGUUUGCACUAACUUCAAGAUUUCCUUUAUUACGGAUGACCUGAUGCCACUGCAGAAAUUCCAUUAUAAAAACCUCCUCCUUGGUGAACACGAUGUCCCACUCACAUGCAUUGAGCAGAUUGUCACAGUGAAUGACACCAAGAGGAAGCAGAAGGUCCUGGGUCCCAACCAAAAACUUAAAUUUAAUCCAACUGAAUUAAUAAUUUAUUGCAAAGACUUCCGUAUUGUCAGAUUUCGUUUUGAUGAAGCAGGUCCUGAAAGUGCAAAAAAGGUGUGCCUUGCAAUAGCUCAUUAUUCUCAGCCAACGGAUCUUCAGCUUCUCUUUGCAUUUGAGUACGUUGGGGAAAUAUAUCAUAAUCCAGCAAAGAAGGUGAAUGGCAUAGACCCAGGAGGUGGUGGCAGUGGCAUCGGCAGUGUCAGUGCUCAGCAGACUCCUUUGUUUGAAACUUACUCGGAUUGGGAUAGAGAAAUCAAAAGGACAGGUGCAUCUGAGUGGAGAGUGUGCUCAGUCAAUGAAGGUUAUAUGAUCUCCACUUGCCUUCCAGAAUAUUUUGUGGUUCCAUCUUCCUUAGCAGAUCAAGACCUGAAGCUGUACUCCUACUCCUUCAUUGGGAGGCGAAUGCCUGUAUGGUCCUGGAAUCACCCUAACGGAAGUGCCCUUGUGAGAAUGGCCAACAUUAAAGAUGUAUUGCAGCAGCGAAGAAUUGAUCAAAGGAUUUGUAAUGCCAUAACUCGAAGCCAUCCCCUGAGAAGUGAUGUUUACAAAUCUGACCUGGACAAGUGUCUCCCAAACAUCCAGGAAAUCCAGGCUGCACACAUCAAACUCAAACAGCUCUGUGUCAAUGAGCCUUUUGAUGAAACCGAAGAGAAGUGGCUGUCCUCACUGGAAAACACUCACUGGUUAGAGUACAUUAGAGCCUUUCUUAAGCAUUCUGCUGAGCUUGUCUAUAUGAUGGAGUGUAAGCACGUUUCUGUAGUUCUUCAAGAGGAAGAGGGACGGGACCUGAGCUGUCUUGCAGCUUCUCUCAUUCAAGUCAUGCUGGAUCCCUAUUUUCGAACAAUUGUUGGAUUUCAAAGCUUAAUACAGAAAGAAUGGGUCAUGGCAGGAUAUCAAUUUUUAGAUAGGUGUAACCACUUAAAGAGAUCUGACAAAGAGUCUCCUUUGUUCUUGAUGUUCCUUGACUGUGUUUGGCAGCUGCUGGAACAAUACCCAGCAGCCUUUGAGUUCUCUGAAGUGUACCUGACCAUCCUGUACGACAGCGCCCGCAUCUCCUUGUUCGGCACCUUCCUCUUCAACUGCCCUCACCAGCGAGUCAAGGAAAGCACUGAAUUUGCUAUAAGCAAAAAUAUUCAGCUGGGUGAUGAGAAAGGCCUCAGGUUCCCGUGUGUUUGGGACUGGUCUCUUCAGUUCACGAGCCGGGACCGGCUGCUGUUCCACAACCCGCUGUACAUCGGGAAGAGCACGCCCAGCGUGCACAACGGGGCCCCCCGCACCUUCAAGCGCUCCAAGAAAAACUACAGCUCCACAUUGCGAGGUGUCCCCCCAGCACUAAAAAACGGAGUCGUUGGUGAGCAGGAGUUCCUUCCAAGAAGAAACUCUCUGAUACUAAAACUGAAGCCAGACUUUUUCCAGCCAGCAGAGGGGCAGAGCCACAGUAUGGAGCAGUACUUCAGAGACUGGUUUGCAAAGCCCGUUGAUUUGCACGGUGUCAUUCUGCCCCAUCUCUCUGGAACACAAAUAAAACUGUGGAAACUCUGCUACUUCCGAUGGGUUCCCGAGGCCCAGAUCAACCACGGGGGCUCCAUCACCGCUUUCCACAGAGUUUCUUUGCUGGCAGACGAGGUGGACAUGUUAAACCGCAGCCUGCGGCAGUACAAGAGCAACUCCUCCUUGCAAGGCCACUGCUCAGAACUGGAUCAAAGCAGGAUGUACUUCAGAGCAAAUGGUUUAAAUGACACCUCAGGCACCCCAGACUUUCUCUCCUCCUCAUUCCCAUUUUCUCCUGUAGGGAACCUAUGCAGACGGAGCAUUUUGGGAACACCUUUAAGCAAAUUUUUAAGUGGUGCCAAAAUUUGGCUAUCCACCGAGACACUUGCAAAUGAAGACUGAGGUGAUGUGGAGGUUUCAAGGUUUGGGGAGAAUACAGCAUAUCAUUUUGUCUUUCCUAACUUAACACUGCUAAAUGCGGCAUUGAAAGCUGUAAUAAUUUUUAUAUACAAACGUUACGUAAGAUUUGCACAAAUAUUUAAAAGCAAGGCAAGUCAUGCUUCAAAUCGCACAAUUUUGUCUUCAGUAGUUCUCAUCUGCUGGGGAUUCUGCUCCCCAAUUCCUCCUGUUCUUGGGGGUUUGGCUCAUUACAAGUGAUAGAGUGUUUCAUUAUCUAACUGAAAGGCUUGGUUUGGUCAUUAGUAAGGGUUCUGCUUGAAAUGCCUUUGUUUUCCCAGAUAGCGACUGAAGUGACCCUUUGAUAAAACAGCUUGGAAAGCCAAAGUAGUGCAGUGGAGAUGAACUGACAGCUGAAAUCUGGGAAUAUACUAUUUUAUCAGACUGCCUCUUCAGGAGUAGUACUUACUUGCAUAGAUACAAACAUACUAAGGUUCCAUGACCGAUCACCCUACAUUGUGCUAAUGCAGUGUAUCCAUGGAAGGGGUUGUUCCCUUUUCUUUGUCUCCCCAAAACACAUUCAUUAACAAUUA